AUGGUUCCACUAUAUACGCCCUUGAACUUGGACCUGUGUCAGAUCCGGCGCUUAGUCCUUCAACCCGCUGUUAGCUUCGAUGAUCCGCUCCAAGGUCAUCUCGACGGCUCCUCCAGACCACCCAAGACCAUUAAACUUGGCGAUCGCCUGGUCUCCAUUACUCCAAAUCUCGACAACACUCUCCGCAGUCUCCGCUAUCCCAAUUUACCAUGUACUCUCUGGGUCGACGCCCUGUGUAUAAAUCAGGAUGAUCUCGAUGAACGCACCGCUCAGGUUGCGCUCAUGCGAAGUGUCUAUUUUGAUGCGACCACGGUGCUGAUUUGGCUCGGACUGGAAGCGGAAGGUAGUGAAGAGGCGAUGCGAAGUGUUGAACGGUUUGAUAAGGGUUACUGGCAGACAUGGUUGCCCUUCAUAACGGCAUGGGCCCAUUUUUCCGACGAUGGGAACAUCAUACAGGAGAAAUACAAGAAGGCGUAUCACGAUGCAGUGGCCGAGACUUUUCGACCCGAGUGGAUUCAGCUUGCUCCCUCAAGACCAGUAGGCACAGAACCUACUUCUCUAGUUGGUGUAAUCACAGAACUGAGGAGCGCUUUUGACGAAGACUUCUUGCAGAAUCUGCCUUACUUCAGUGUCAAAGAUCUCGAUGAAGAGAUCCAGCUCAAUCCGCUAGUAUGGCGAGCUAGGCAUACCAUAAUGAGACAUUCUCAAUACGAGUCUAGUGAAGGUAAAGCAUUUAGGAGAAGGAUGGAACUUACGAAAAGAGUUCCAAUUACAUACCACGGCUUCCUCAUGCACUCCCGAGGUACAAUUCACAUCCGCAAAGAGUCGCUUACGGUUGAAGCCGUCUUGAUAGGCACAAUGAACCUUCGCUCCACAGAUCCACGCGAUGAAAUCUAUGGUAUUCUCGGCCUACUAAGCGAGGAGGCCAGAGCAGCAAUCCCUAUCGACUACCACAAAGAGCCAGAAUGGACAUUCGUGCCGACAAUGGCCUACAUUAUACACCAUAAACCCAAAGGUCUGGAACUCCUCGGUCUCCUUUGGCGAACACGCCACUUCAAGACACCUCUCCCCUCAUGGGUUCCAGAUUUUACCAUCUCGGCUAAUUUCAAUGAUGAACAUAACCCCAUCUUUCUACGCGGAAGCUGCGCGGAUCAUACUUGGGAGUGGUUUGAAGAUACUAGAGCUACGGUCUCCCAGGCUAAUAUCACACUAACCGCGCACAUGGCCAGCUUCGGCUGCGUCACUAAUGUUAUCUCGUUCAUCGACGGGGACCGUAGCUACUAUGUCUCGCGCUUCUCGGAGAUUGAAGCCAUUCUCGCCCUUCACGCGCCUCAGAACGAGCCCCUCUGGCGCACAAUUGUGAGCAUCCGCAAUACCGACCAUGACUUGAUUGUGAUGUAUCCUAAGACCUUCGAGGUAGUAAUGGGCCGGGCUGUGGAACAGAAUGGCGAGGCACAGAAGAUGUUCCAAGAUGCUAUUCUGCCUAUUGUUCGGGGACGAAAAUUCUUCGUCACGGAUAGGGGAUUUUCUGGUGUAGCUACGCCGAUGAUUCGGGAUGGGGACACGAUCGCCAUCAUUACAGGCAUAGGCAGGGCAGCUAUCUUGAGAUAUAUUGAUCCCAAGGAAAUAGGACUGGAAGGAAAAGUAGAUGGUGGGAGGCAACAUCAGAGAAUCACAGGAAUCAUGAAAUUAAAAAUGUCAAUUGAAUUACCAGUUUCUGGUUAA